GAAACAAAUCUAGGGAUGCUGGGUUUUUCAGAAGCAUAAGAAAGGUGUACAUUCGCUUUGAUAACCACUUAUCUAACGUGUAUCAAAUUUGACUUCAACAACAGCAACACAGUGGGAAAACGUAUGCACAAGGUAAUAUUGGGAAAAGAAGAAGAGAACAGCGAAAGGAAAAGAUUCUUCAACAUUUUGGACUUGCGUCUUAUAACAAUCUUGUUCGAUUCUCGUUGGAGAGAAAAGGUUGUGCUCUGGUUGGUUGGCUUCCAUGGUCGAGAAGAUGGUAAUAGAUCUACUACUGCUUUCGGAGCAUAUUAUUAUCCCCUGCCUCCUCCUAAUGGUGCGGAAGAAACUAAAGAAGCACAAGGUGGCAUUCCGGGAGGUGAUAAGUGGGAUGAUGGAUCCAAACAUGAUGGAAUUUCUAAGAUUCAUGUACGUGGUGGUCAUACUGGUAUUCAGACCAUCCAUUUUGAAUAUGUCAAGAACGGACAACUGAAAAGUGGAGAACUCUUCGGUGUUUGGGAUAGUGGUUUCACACAAACUAUUGAGAUUGACCAUCUUAACAAUGAGCAUCUUGAAUCUGUUGAGGGUUAUUACAACGAUGCCUCCGGUAACCUUCAAGCACUUCAAUUUAAAACCAAUUUCAAGGUUUCCGAACUGAUUGGAUAUGGCAAGGGCACCAAAUUUUCACUUUCAGUCAAGGGAAAGAUUAUCAUUGGGUUUCAUGGAUAUAUAAGAAGCCAUACUUGUCCACUAGUAAACUCCCUUGGAGCAUAUUUCACAUGGAUUCCUGCUAGUAGAUUAGAAGCAAAAGGCAGCAAGGGAGGCACACAAUGGGAUGAUGGAGCAGACCAUGAAGGUAUAACAAAGAUUCAUGUAAGAGGUGGUUUUGAAGGCAUUCAAUACAUCAAGUUCGAUUAUGUCAAGAGUGGACAACCUAAAAUUGGCUCAGUCCACGGUCUCUCUGGUAGAGGUUUCUCCCAGGCGUUUGAGAUUGACCAUCUCAACAAUGAACAUUUGGUAUCUGUAGAGGGUUACUAUGACGACGAAUCUAGAGCCAUUCAAGCACUUCAAUUCAAAACUAACAUAAAGACUUCUGAGCUGCUGGGAUAUGAAAAGGGUAAGAAGUUUUCACUUGCAGACAAGGGAAGGAAAAUUAUUGGGUUUCAUGGAUAUGCUGAGAAGAACCUCAUUUCUCUUGGAGCAUAUUUCACAACAGUUUCUGUUAGUAAAUCGGUAUGUCACGGUAGUAAAUUAAACGAGUAUUGGGAUGAUGGUGUUUUCGACGGCAUAAGAAAGGUUUAUGUUAGUUAUUCUAUCAAUCGUGUAGCGUGUAUCACGUUGGACUACGUCAGUAAUCACACAGUUGUGAAGCGUCAGCACGGGAAGAACAAAACAUUAGUAGAAGAGUUUGAGCUAGACUAUCCAAAUGAAUUUAUCACAUCUGUGGAUGGUACUUUCAAAUAUUCUUGCAUUAGGAAAGUGAACUGCGUUACGUCUUUGGUUUUCAAAACAUCAAAAGGGAAAAUCUCUCCGACAUUUGGAAGCGUGACUGGGACUAAAUUCGUGUUGGAGACAAAAGGUUGUGCUCUAGUUGGGUUCCAUGGAUGGACUUUUCUUCCUUAUCUUACUGCUAUUGGGGCAUAUUUUUCUCCUCUGCCUCUUCCUCCUACUGCGGAGAAACUAGAAUCACAAGGUUAUGACCGAGGAGCUUUUUGGGAUGAUGGUGUUUACGAUGGUGUUAGAAAGAUAUAUGUAGGACAAUGUGAAAAUGGUAUCGCAUUCCUAAAGUUUGUUUACGACAAAGACAUGCGGAUGGUUAUUGGAGACGAUCAUGGAAACAAAACACCAUUUGAAGUCAAAGAGUUGGAGCUUGAGUAUCCGGGUGAAUACAUCACAGCGGUGGAGGGCUGUUACGAUAAAGGAAUAGGAAGCCGAAGUUAUAACCAUGCUUAAGUUUAAAACUAACAAACGAACAUCUAUAUCCUUUGGAUUCCAAUCUAGCUCAAGCUUUCUACUCGAGAAAGAAGGCUACAAAAUCGUUGGGUUCCAUGGAAAAGCAAGUAACAUGAUUCAUAAACUUGGGGUUCAUGUCAUGCCCAUCAUCCACUGAUCAUCUAUUCAUCUUCAUUUAUCUUCGAUGUUUCAGUUAUCCAAUCUCUCAUCUAAUAAGAAUCACCAUGUAAA